AUGUCGCUUGUGCAAGUGCAGCGCUCGCCGUCGCCAUCCGUGCACGAUGACAGCGAUAUUCUGGAGGCCGACGUUUCGCGAUGCUCGUCGCGAAAUCGAUCAAUGUCAGAAUGCUAUUUUGCGGUUCGCGGAGCGGCCGUCAUUCUUCCACAUCACGAUUUAUCGCCGUCGUGCUCACACUCGGACAGUAGCGCCGAAAUCGAGACCCAUCUUCAAGCAAUGUUCCAUUUGUUGCGACCGCAAGACACUCUUAUAAUGGCAGUUCGACUUCAAACUCAAAUUGCGGACCAUUUGCGAUAUCUGACGAUUGUUUCAACUUACACAGAUAGCUCGAAACCCGAAAAACGCACAUUACUGAUUGGAAUGGAUUAUUAUAAAAAUCAAAUGACAAUUGGCGUUGUUCUCCCACUUCUAUGGUGCAGCCGCGUCGAGCUCGCCGGCGAUGGCGGGGUUACGGUACACGGAGCGGGACAAGCGUGCAAUGAGGAGGACAACACACUCGUAUUCCGUCCAAUUUCCGUUCAAGCCAUGUGGUACGUCUUCCAAUAUCUGCACAAAGAGCUUGAGAACACUCAUGUGACGUCAUCGGACAUCAAAGAGCCCACUCGAGUCACUGAAUUGUACAUGGACAAAAUUAAAUCGCCGACAUUCUUGUGCUCUCAAUGGCAGCAAUCAUUGCUUGAGGAGGAGGCCGAGGAUGAGCUUCACGCCGACAAUGUUCGAAAUUACGCGGGCCCUCAGGAGGUUAUCGAGAAAGAGGCAAUUCUGCGAUCCGAACUUCGCCAAAUAAUGCAAUCCGUGGAUUUGGAUCAGGUGACAAGCAAGGAUAUUCGAACGCAACUUUCGCAACGAUGCGGCGGUUCGAUUGAUGAGCACAAGGAGUUUAUCGACCGCGAAAUGCUUGUGAUUCUUGGCCAGCUCGAGCAACCAUCGGAAAUCUUCUCGUAUCUCCUAUUAGGCACCGAAUGGAAUGCAAGCAAUUGGGAUGAGCUUCAUAAAAAGAAUGUCGGAUUUAUUUUGAAUGUGACACGAGAAGUUGACAAUUUUUUCCCCAACUCGUUCAAAUAUCGAAAGGUUUGGGUGGCCGAUGAAGCUGACGCACAACUUCUCAACCAUUGGAAUGCAACAUCGGCAUUCAUUAAAGAAGCAAAAGAAUCUGGAAAAGUCUGCCUUGUUCAUUGCAAGAAAGGCAUCAGCCGAAGCUCGUCAACCGUCAUUGCCUACAUUAUGAAAGAAUACAACUGGAGGUUGAACGAUGCGCUCGAGUAUGUCAAAAAGUGCCGAAAUUGCAUCACUCCUAACAAGGGCUUCAUCGAGCAAUUAAAAAUGUACGCCGGCGCGUUGGAAGCGUCAAGGCAUCGUCAUGCCGCCGUUUUCAACUCGCGUGUUCCAAGAGCACACUCGGUCGUCGCGCCGUGCCGAGCUAAAAGCAAAUCGGCGACGGUGACGAGAGCGGUUCGCAAAUCGUCGGCGCAGGUUUUAUCGUCAGACAGCGAUGUAUCUGUGCGAUUCAUUGUCAACAAUUUUGAGCAAAAGCGUAUGAGUGCUGAAAGUGCGCCGAGAAGCCCUCAAACCACUCGGCACUCGUUUCCGGUCGAUAUCAUCAAGCACAACUCGAUUCCGCAAUAUAGUUGA